AUGGCCUCUUCCUCGCCAGAGCUGCCAGCCCCGUUCGCCGCUGAGACGGUCAACACAUUCUCUUACAAGGACGCAACUGAAGAAGAAAUUCUCGAAGAUCUGACAAGUCGCUUCAUUCUCAACCUACCGGACGAAGAGCUAGCAUCUCUGGAACGGAUAUGUUUUCAAGUCGAACAAGCACAUUGGUACUACGACGAUUUUAUCCGAGAGCAAAAUCCCAAAUGCCCGUCCCUUCCACUCAAGAAGUUCACUGCAAUGAUGUUUACGCACUGUCCCAUAUUACAACAUUGGAAUCAUGAAGAAGCGUUCGAGAAGUUCAUGGCAUACAAGACGAAAGUACCAGUGUGCGGCGCAAUCAUGCUCAACAGCACAUGGGAUAAGUGCGUACUUGUCAAAGGUUGGAAGUCGUCGUCUGGAUGGGGCUUCCCCAAAGGAAAGAUCAACGAAGUGGAGGAGAAGCAUCUAUGCGCUGUCCGCGAGGUUCUCGAGGAAACAGGUUACAAUCUAGCCGGAAAAAUAAAUCCAACACACUAUCUUGAAACCGUCAACGGUGGGCAACUGGUCACGCUGUUUGUUGUACCGGGCGUUCCAGAAGAUUAUCCUUUCCGGACAAAGACGCGCAAGGAGAUCAGCAAAAUAGAAUGGUUCCGUUUGGUCGACCUGCCAGGGUGGAAGCGAAACAAGCAACCCGCCGGGAAGUUCUACCUGAUUUCACCGUUCGUCGGCCCCUUGAAAGCUUGGAUCAAUGCUCAUAAACCGAAGAAGGGUCGCAAGGGUUGUUCGACGGAAAGUGCGACGCCCAAGAAGGUAAAAUCACCCGUGCCCGUUCCUAUCCCACCAUCGGAGCCCGAUGCCUUGCAAGAUUCAAGCUCUCAGUCAUCCUCUAUGGACAACGGCGACCCUCAGACACCUUCACCGCUCUACGCGGAGUCGACAGGUGUAAAGAUUGUUGGAGAAGAAGGCAUGGCAAAUGACCAUCCCGACAGUCAGCAGAUGGAAUCGAUGGACCCGCAACUUGCCCGCCUGUUGACUGGCCUUACGCUAUCUGCCAACGCUGCGCCUUCCGACAAAGCUGGGCUCGUGCCGCAGAAUAACCCCCAACUAGGCAAUGUUUCGUCUACAACGACGUCAUCGAUAUCCACGAUUGUUCCCAUCCCUCCGGCCCCCGAACCUGUUCACGGACCUAACCAACCUGCUCAGCAAGACCCCGGUGCUCAGAGUGCGAGCAAUGCAGUGGUUACAAGCCCUGGUCCGUCUGAGGCAAAGCCGAUGUCACCAACAAAUUCGACGCUUGCUCCUCGUUCUCCUGUCCCUCUCCCGCCUUUGCCGAACAACUUUGGCAAACUUCAUCCCCUUCAGGACGUCAUGGCAAGAUCCAGGACAAGCCAGGGCGUUCACCGCGGAGGUCACCACGCUCCGGGUACCAUGAGCAUGAACCAACAUCAGUUGCUUUCACUGAUUAAUGGAGGACGGCCGAAUGCUCCCCCAAGCUCUCCGCCAUCGCAUUUCUCUCCUCCCUACCCUACUAUGUUUGGCAUGCCCCAGCCCAUGUACCCACCUGGUCCACAGGCCAUUUACCAACCUAACCCAAGCUUCCCUCCACACUUUCAACAUGAUGGCCCACCUCAUCCUGAUGGACUCAACCCGAUGCUCCGACCUCGUCCAUUCUCCACUGCACCUAUGCCCCCGGGCCCGUCCCUUGCGACUAAACCCAUUAAUCCCUCUGCCAGUGCUCUGUUGUCUCUCUUGACUUCGAAUCCUGUCCCACCCCAGCAGCCCCAAGCCUUUGUAUCGAAUACACAAAUUGUUAUCCAGAACUGCAACUUCUUCAAUUCGGCCCAGGGAAUACUUGAUUGGGUCGAGUGGGCAUCCACCCACAAUACCAUGGUCACUUCGGCGGCCAGAGUCUUAUGGCGAGUUGGCCGAGGAAAGGGGAAUGGUUUUACCUGGAUUAAUCCGGGGGCGAGUAUACCGCGAGCAUCUGGUCGAGCCUCUCGUGGCCGAACCAAGUCGCCUCAUAACGAGAGGAUGGGACCGUAA